AUGGCGUCUCAGGGCAACAUAGAUAGGGAUGAGGAUGAUGAGGAUGCCAUUUCAAUCACAUCCACAGUACCCAGUGAGCCACAGGAGGAAUAUAUUAUAGCUGGUGUGCUGGCUGAGAGGACUACUGACAAUGGAGUGACUGAAUAUCUCGUUAGCUGGGAAAAUUAUCCCAUUCAUAGGUCCUCCUGGGAGCCUGCUGACCAUUUUGGAGACCCCGAAACUACACUAAGAGAGUGGAACGAGAAGAAAGAAGCAAUUCAAAAGGGGACUGCGCUCGGUUUUGAUGUCCUUGCGUUUGAAAAGCUCCUCGUAGAGAUAGAAACGGCCAAACUACGGAGGGCAAGAAAACGCAGGCUCAAGCGGAUGCGUCUUGGACUAGCCUAUGGAAGCGAGCCUGAAGAUACAGAUUCAGGAAAGGACAAGGAAACCGAUGAUAGUAGCAGCGAUAACAGCAGUAGCGAUGAAUCUACUACCCGGCGCACUCCUCCUGCCUCCAGAAAGGGACGGGGUAAGCUCCUGCCAAAGAAGAAUUUGGCGACUACUGGAAAAUCGUCUGAGAGCGCAGUUGAUAGCUCAGAUGCAGGUAACGGACGAACCUUCAAAUCUGCCCUACGGGAUGCGUCUCAUCCUCCAAAGCAGCUACAGAUACCCCCUUCCUCUAUAUCAAAGUCAAAGCCGACAGCGCCUCCCUCUAUACGGUCGUCCGAAAAGCCUAAUCCUAAGCUGCCUAUCCGGAAGCCCUCCGUCAAGCCCUCCGUCAAUGUCACAGCGCCGGGAGGGGGAGAUCGGACGGUGCAGCCACCAACGGCUGGCCAUCCCAUCAGCAUGUCUUCAAGAAAGCCGGUUUCCACUUUUGCACCCCCAACUGCUCGGAGAGGCGGUUCUAUGGCGGCAGCAACAGGUGGCAGACAGCUUCCGAAACCUCCCAACAUUGGACUCUUUCGAACCCUUUCAACCCAGCGGAAACACCACAAAAUGUCUCGAGCCGAUAGAGCCCCUGAUAUUUCUCAACUUGACCUUCGGCCACCUAGUGAGUGGCUGACCGCUGCAGGAAGGUCAACACUCACAGAACUCCCUACAUGUAGAAAGCGUCCCAGAUUGUCUUCAAUGUCACCGCCGAUAGAUACCUUGUUCGUUGCUCAGGAUGGCAAUAAUGGCUCUCUUUCAAAUCCCUCGCCUCCCGUGCCCCCAGCGCCUCCUAGGGAUCCUGGAAACAACACCAGUGCCCCCGCACCUCUUGUACAAGGGAAGGUAACGCUUCCAGAAACACCCACAUCUCAAAUACCACAGCCUCUUCCUGAAUCAGCAACAGCGCAGAAAAAAAAACCGCUGCAGAAGGCCACAACCCCUGCCUCCACGCUCGGGCCGGAAAUCCAAAGAGAACCCGUCCGAGACGAUCCGGGCCAGCUUUUAGCCUUCAGGAAGGCUAGGGGUGGUGAUUAUUGGGCUCCCAGGCUUUCAACAGAAGAUACACGAAGGGAGGGUAAACACAACCAGGGGCACCCACCUCCGCAUGGCUCCGACAAUAAUCCCGGUAGUAGGGUUAACCGAAAGCCAUCAAAUAUGAAAAAUUGGCGCUCAUGGAACAAAGGUGAUGUUAUGGUUCGCCUUGUAUUUAGCGCACUUGGAAAAGAGAUUGGAGAUAUACGUAUUUCUGGUCUUCCUCCUCCAGUUAAAAAUUGGUUGCUUUCUUUAAAGAAAGGUGCCCGGGUCGUCAUCGAUCUUCAAAAAGUUUGCUCACCUGAGGAGUACCACAAGCUGAAGAUUAACAAGACGGACCACGGGAAUGUCGUCCCCUAUGAUGAUACGAUGAAUGAGAUAAAUUACUUAGCAGAACAUCUCCUAAACAGUCGGUCAGCUGCAACCUGGAGUCCGUCAACAAAAUCCAAUCGCCUUAUAAUCAUAUACCCAUCUCAAGCUCAAGAAUGGAAGUUCCUUCAUACUAAGAAACCUUUACAUCCAUCCCCAAGACUUCUCCUAGUCGUGGCAGACUUACUUAAUGUUGCCGAGCCGAGGAAAGUAUCACCGCCACGUCUAAUGCCAAUUUCUCCACUUCAGACACAAUUAUCUGAAAGGCCAGCCAAAGCCACAGGAGAACGUGUCCUUACCCAAGAAUCCAAAGAGAUAGCUGCCAGGAUCACUACCGAUACGUCAAAUUUGGCCCCAAUACAGGAACCACCUCCACCUAAGAUACCACCGCCUCCACCAAAUGAAUUAGCUGCAUCACCAGUACAACAAUCAUCACGGGAAACCAUCGCGAAGCCGCUUCCCGAAAGGACUAGGGAUUUAGAUGUUGCGACCUAUUUUAAAAAUCAUUAUCGGAUCACUCUUGAGUACUUGGCUCAUCCGAAGCAUCGUAAGGCGGCACAGCCAGUGUUCUAUCUUCUAUUCCCUUCAACAGAAUCAGAGGAACAUGAACUGGUCCAACAAUUAUUAGUCUUUCAUAGAAUAGCGCCAUACUCUCACCAGAACCAAGGAGACUGGGAAAAGUUUAUCAAUGAUGUGGCCGAAUCAAAAGUGGAAACACAAGGUGUAAUACUUUGUCACCAGAAGUUCAAUGCCUAUAACUGCAUGCCUAGGCUUUAUAAGCUCCUCCACUGUCAAACAAACGUAUUCUCACUAUCUCUGGCACGCCCGAUCAAAUGGGCGAGCAACAAUCGUCACAUUAUCCGGCUAUUCCCUACUGGCUGCGUGAUUCUUAUAACGGAGGACUUCAUCCUUCAUGACCCUAAAGGCGCAUUGAGAGUGAUAGAAUGGGUAUCCACUAUUUUUUGGGAUUAUAAUGUCAACGUUUGGCUACAACAAAUGUGGCCAACAUGGCCGGAUGAGACUCUAUACCAUAUUUUUUGUCUUCUCAAUGCACUUAUGCCCGAAAAUCCCAGUGUUCGUGAAGGGUCACCUGGGAGCUUAGAUAGAGAAACUGGCGACGAGGGUCAACCCUCUGUUAUCAUGUCUACCCGCCAUAUACCGGAUUAUGGUGUUAGGUCUGAAGAUGAGCAUCCAGAUAUACCCAAGGAUUUGACACAAGAGCAGCGAAAUACUGACCACCUUAUUGAAUAUUUCGCUGGUUGGGCUAUUACGAAUGUCGAGAAUUUCAGAUACUUUCCUGUGCUGGUGUAUUCUAUGCCCCAACCACGGUGGGAAAAAUGGAGCCACAUUGAAAUACUAAACUACUCUGCUUUCAAUAAAAGAUAUAUGAAGGCCGACGUAGCGGUCGCUGGCAAGUCAAUGGAAAAUCAAAUGGACCAGCGCCAGCUUAGCCUGCCUACCACCGUUGGCAGUUAA